AUGGCUGACACCCCCGCAACUAAGCAAGUCGUCCUCGUUACUGGCGGCAACCAGGGCAUCGGCUUCGAAAUCGUAAAGAAGCUCGUAGCGGAACAGCCCACAUACCACGUUCUCCUCGGCUGUCGCUCCCUCUCAAAAGGCGUAGAAGCCAUUUCAAAGCUUGAGAAGCUCGCAGGCUCGGUAUCUCCUGUCGAGGUUGACAUUACUUCUGAUGAGUCGAUUGCGGCGUGUGUGACGCAGAUUGAGCGCGAGCAUGGCAAGCUCGACGUUUUGAUCAACAAUGCCGGAAUCGGGAGACACGCCGUCGAGGAAUUGCCGAGUCUGAGGGCCAAGAUGGCGGCGUUGUUUGAUGUCAAUGUCUUUGGCACGCUGGUAAUGUCAGACGCUGCCAUACCUCUGCUACAAAAGGCCGCAGAUCAAGGCUCAGUCCCGCGAGUCGUCUUCAUUACCUCCGAAAUGGGCUCAUUGGGGAACACGCUCAAUCCGUCAUGGAAGUAUUACCAGCACAACACUUCUAUACCGUACAAGUCUAGCAAAGCCGCCGCCAACAUGAUUGGAGCGUGUUACUCGACCCUCUUUGAGAAGACUGGGUGGAAAAUUAACUGCUGCUGUCCUGGACUCCGAAAGACGGCGUUCAAUAAUCAUCUUUCGGUUGCUAUGGACGUCGAAGAGGGUGCUGUUAGAGCAGUAUAUUUGGCUACCUUGGACAAGGAUGGGCCUACGGGAACCUUUACGAAUAUUGACGGGACUGAGCCGUGGUGA